UCGUUAUUAUAGAUAACAAAAGUUAACUUCAGGAUGCUAAAACGGAAGCAAAGUUCAAGGGUGGAAGCCCAACCAGUUACAGAUUUUGGUCCCGAUGAAUCUUUGUCAGACAACGCAGAUAUUCUGUGGAUAAACAAACCAUGGGUACACUCUUUACUACGAAUCUGUGCCAUCAUCAGUGUUAUUUCUGUUUGUAUGAACACUCCAAAGACCUUCGAGCAUUAUCCUCCUCUCCAGUAUGUGACAUUUGCUCUUGAUACUCUAUUGAUGUUCCUUUACACUGCAGAGAUGAUAGCAAAAAUGCAUAUCCGUGGGAUAGUUAAGGGUGAUAGCUCCUACGUAAAAGAUCGUUGGUGCGUGUUUGAUGGAUUCAUGGUCUUUUGUCUUUGGGUGUCACUUGUUUUACAGGUGUUUGAAAUUGCUGAAAUAGUUGACCAGAUGUCACCAUGGGGCAUGUUACGCAUUCCACGACCACUCAUUAUGAUUCGAGCAUUCCGGAUAUAUUUUCGUUUUGAGCUGCCAAGAACUAGGAUAACAAAUAUCUUGAAGCGUUCUGGAGAGCAAAUCUGGAGCGUUUCAAUUUUCCUUCUAUUCUUUCUCCUCCUGUAUGGGAUCCUGGGAGUGCAGAUGUUUGGAACUUUUACGUACCAUUGUGUUACCGAUGACACGCAGCCAGGAAAUGUUACCUGGAAUAAUUUAGCUAUCCCAGAUACCCACUGUUCAAGAGAGCUAGAAGAAGGUUACCAGUGCCCACCUGGAUUUAAAUGCAUGGACCUCGAAGAUCUGGGACUAAGCAGGCAAGAGCUGGGCUACAGUGGCUUUAAUGAGAUAGGCACAAGCAUAUUUACUGUUUACGAAGCUGCUUCUCAGGAAGGAUGGGUGUUCCUUAUGUACCGAGCAAUCGACAGUUUUCCCCGAUGGCGUUCAUAUUUCUAUUUCAUCACCUUAAUUUUCUUUCUGGCCUGGCUUGUUAAGAAUGUUUUCAUUGCAGUCAUCAUCGAAACAUUCGCAGAAAUUAGAGUGCAGUUCCAGCAGAUGUGGGGGUCCAGGAGCAGUACUACUUCAACUGCCACCACCCAGAUGUUUCAUGAAGAUGCUGCUGGAGGUUGGCAGCUUGUGGCUGUUGAUGUGAAUAAACCCCAGGGCAGAGCUCCUGCAUGUCUACAGAAAAUGAUGAGGUCAUCCGUGUUUCAUAUGUUCAUACUGAGCAUGGUGGCUGUAGAUGUGAUUGUUGCUGCUAGUAACUACUACAAAGGAGAAAAUUUCAAGAGACAAUAUGAUGAAUUUUACCUAGCUGAGGUUGCUUUUACAGUUCUGUUUGAUUUAGAAGCUCUCCUGAAGAUCUGGUGUUUGGGUUUCACAGGAUACAUCAGCUCAUCUCUUCACAAGUUUGAGUUGCUGCUUGUGGUUGGAACCACUCUUCAUAUUUAUCCAGACCUCUAUCACUCUCAGUUUACAUAUUUUCAGGUUCUUAGAGUAGUUCGGCUCAUAAAGAUUUCUCCUGCUUUGGAGGAUUUUGUGUAUAAGAUAUUUGGACCAGGAAAAAAACUUGGGAGUUUGGUGGUAUUUACUGCCAGCCUUUUAAUCGUAAUGUCAGCAAUCAGUUUACAGAUGUUUUGCUUUGUAGAAGAACUGGAUAGAUUUACAACCUUUCCACGGGCGUUCAUGUCAAUGUUUCAGAUUCUCACACAGGAAGGAUGGGUGGAUGUCAUGGACCAGACACUGAAUGCUGUAGGACAUAUGUGGGCACCUGUAGUUGCUAUUUAUUUUAUACUGUAUCAUCUUUUUGCUACUCUGAUUCUACUCAGCUUGUUUGUUGCUGUUAUUUUGGACAACUUGGAACUUGAUGAAGAUCUGAAGAAACUUAAACAACUAAAGCAAAGUGAAGCAAAUGCAGAUACAAAGGAGAAGCUUCCAUUACGCCUACGCAUCUUUGAAAAAUUUCCUAACAGGCCACAAAUGGUGAAAAUCUCCAAGCUUCCUUCAGAUUUCACAGUUCCAAAAAUAAGGGAAAGUUUCAUGAAGCAGUUUAUUGAUCGCCAGCAACAAGAUACCAGCUGUUUGCUGCGAAGACUUCCUUCAGCAUCUUCUUCCUCAUGUGACCACUCUAAAAGAUCAGCAAUUGAGGAAAACAAAUAUAUUGAUCAAAAGCUCCGUAAAUCUGUUUUCAGCAUCAGAGCAAGAAACCUUCUGGAAAAAGAGACAGCAAUCAAUAAAAUUCUAAGGGCCUGCACUAGACAACGCAUGCUGAGCGGAUCCUUUGAGGGGCAGCCUGCAAAAGAAAGGUCAAUCCUUAGUGUCCAGCAUCAUAUACGACAAGAACGCAGGUCGCUGAGACAUGGUUCCAACAGCCAGCGAAUCAGCAGAGGAAAAUCUCUUGAAACAUUGACUCAAGAUCACUCCAAUACAGUGAGAUACAGAAAUGCACAGAGAGAAGACAGUGAGAUAAAGAUGAUCCAAGAAAAAAAAGAGCAAGCUGAAAUGAAAAGGAAAGUCCAGGAAGAGGAGUUGCGAGAGAAUCAUCCUUAUUUUGAUAAACCACUUUUCAUAGUGGGUCGUGAGCACAGAUUCAGGAAUUUCUGCCGAGUGGUGGUACGAGCUCGCUUUAAUGCUUCUAAAACAGAUCCUGUUACUGGAGCUGUGAAAAAUACCAAAUACCAUCAGCUUUAUGACUUGCUGGGUUUGGUUACUUACCUGGACUGGGUCAUGAUCAUUGUUACGAUAUGCUCCUGCAUUUCCAUGAUGUUUGAAUCCCCCUUUAGAAGAGUCAUGCAUGCUCCAACACUCCAGAUUGCUGAAUAUGUUUUUGUAAUAUUUAUGAGCAUUGAGCUUAAUCUGAAGAUUAUGGCAGAUGGAUUGUUUUUUACACCAACAGCUGUCAUUAGGGACUUUGGAGGAGUUAUGGACAUAUUUAUAUAUCUUGUGAGUUUGAUAUUCCUGUGCUGGAUGCCCCAGAACGUCCCUGCCAAAUCUGGAGCUCAGCUCUUAAUGGUACUUCGCUGCCUCCGACCUCUUAGAAUUUUCAAACUGGUUCCUCAGAUGCGGAAGGUGGUGCGAGAGCUGUUCAGCGGCUUUAAGGAAAUCUUUUUGGUUUCUAUUCUGCUGCUGACAUUAAUGCUUGUUUUCGCAAGCUUUGGAGUGCAGCUGUUUGCUGGAAAACUGGCUAAAUGCAAUGAUCCACACAUCAUCUCUAGGGAAGAUUGUCAUGGCAUCUUCAGAAUAAAUGUAAGUGUUUCCAAAAAUCUCAAUUUAAAAUUAAGACCUGGAGAGAAAAAGCCUGGAUUUUGGGUGCCACGAGUCUGGGCAAAUCCUCGGAAUUUUAACUUUGACAAUGUGGGGAAUGCAAUGCUGGCACUAUUUGAAGUUCUUUCAUUAAAAGGCUGGGUGGAAGUCAGAGAUGUUAUUAUUCAUCGUGUUGGGCCGAUCCAUGGAAUCUACAUUCAUGUUUUUGUAUUCCUUGGCUGCAUGAUUGGACUGACUCUUUUUGUUGGAGUUGUCAUCGCUAAUUUCAAUGAAAACAAGGGGACAGCUUUACUGACUGUAGAUCAGAGACGAUGGGAAGAUCUGAAAAGCAGACUGAAGAUAGCACAACCUCUUCAUCUCCCACCUCGUCCGGAUAAUGAUGGCUUUAGAGCUAAGAUGUAUGAUAUAACUCAGCAUCCAUUUUUUAAGAGAACUAUUGCUGUACUUGUUCUGGCCCAGUCUGUGUUGUUAUCAGUUAAGUGGGAUGCUGCAGAUCCAGUGACUGUGCCUUUAGCAACAAUGUCUGUUGUUUUCACCUUCAUUUUUGUCCUUGAGGUCACGAUGAAGAUUAUUGCCAUGUCACCUGCUGGCUUCUGGCAAAGCAGAAGAAAUCGGUAUGAUCUCUUGGUGACAUCUCUUGGAGUUAUAUGGGUGAUACUUCACUUUGCCUUACUGAAUGCGUACACAUACAUGAUGGGGGCAUGCGUAAUUGUCUUCAGAUUCUUCUCAAUUUGUGGGAAGCAUGUGACACUAAAAAUGCUACUCCUGACUGUGGUUGUCAGCAUGUACAAGAGUUUCUUCAUCAUAGUGGGAAUGUUCUUACUGCUUCUUUGUUAUGCUUUUGCUGGAGUAGUUUUAUUUGGUACAGUGAAAUAUGGAGAGAACAUUAACAGACAUGCAAAUUUUUCAUCAGCUGGCAAGGCUAUUACUGUACUCUUCAGAAUAGUUACUGGAGAAGACUGGAACAAAAUUAUGCAUGACUGCAUGGUCCAGCCUCCAUUUUGUACACCAGAUAACAGCACCUACUGGAAAACAGACUGUGGAAAUUAUGCUGGUGCUCUUAUGUAUUUCUGUUCAUUUUAUGUCAUCAUUGCAUACAUCAUGCUCAAUUUGCUUGUUGCUAUCAUUGUGGAGAAUUUCUCCUUGUUUUACUCAACUGAAGAAGACCAACUUUUAAGUUAUAAUGAUCUUAGGCAUUUUCAAAUUAUAUGGAACAUGGUUGAUGACAAAAGAGAGGGAGUAAUCCCUACCUUCCGAGUGAAAUUUCUGCUGAGGCUUCUGCGGGGCAGGCUGGAGGUUGAUCUUGACAAGGACAAGCUGCUGUUCAAGCACAUGUGCUACGAAAUGGAGCGGCUCCAUAAUGGUGGUGAUGUCACCUUUCAUGAUGUGCUCAGCAUGCUUUCAUAUAGGUCUGUUGAUAUCAGGAAGAGUCUGCAACUGGAAGAGCUGCUUGCUAGGGAGCAACUGGAAUAUACCAUAGAAGAGGAGGUGGCCAAACAGACCAUACGCAUGUGGCUGAAGAAGUGUUUGAAGCGGAUCAGAGCAAAACAACAGCAGUCAUGCAGCAUUAUCCAUAGUCUACGAGAGAGUCAACAGCAGGAGCUGAGCCGAUUUCUGAAUCCUCCCAGCAUUGAGACAACACAGCCAAGUGAAGAUAUGAAUGCUAUUAAUCAGGAUAACAGCACACAACCAGAGACAAGUAGCCAGCAGCAGCUCCUAAGCCCAACACUUUCUGACAGAGGUGGCUAUCGACAAGACUCUGGAGAUGCUGGAAAACCUCAGCGGAAAUUUGGACAAUGGCGUUUGCCGUCAGCCCCCAAACCAAUAAGCCAUUCAGUGUCUUCAGUCAACCUCCGCUUUGGUGGACGUUCAACUAUGAAAUCUGUUGCAUGCAAAAUGAAUCCCAUGUCUGAUGCUGCUUCUUGUGGAUCGGAAGUCAAGAAAUGGUGGACAAGACAAUUAACGGUGGAGAGUGAUGAAAGUGGAGAGGACCUUCUUGAUAUCUGAGAAAAAAUUAAGUCAUACUGCAACAACAACCACUUCAAGUACAAUCUUUUUCUAUGGUUAGAACUGAAGAUGUGUGUGAUGUACAAUUUCUUUAAAAUCAGUGUCAUAAUCAAAUGCUCAUCCUUCUGCCAUAUGAAGCAUAGCACACACAUGUUAGGACUCACCUCUAUAGGUACUAACUAUACUUUAAGAAACCUGUAUACAAGAGCAGUAUUAACAAAGCCAGAGACUUUAUUGCCUUUAGCAGGCAGAGCGUUGAAAUAUUUCCUAUGUUCUGUAGCUACAUAAUGAAAAUGUAUUUUGA